AUGUUGCCGAAAACUGUCUCAAAACCCUCGAAAUCCGACAACGAAUAUCGCUUCUGGGGAAUCCCCGUACAGGACGCACUCCUUGGCUACACAGCAUUCGCCCUAAUGGCCUCCACGACGGGUUCCACGCUUCUUGGCUGUCUACUGCUCGGACCAUCGGGAGACCGCGACGAUCCCAGGAUUUGGCUUUUUUUCUCCGCCGUCUUUCUCUACAACGCUUCGCCGUCCGUGCUCGCCGCGCUGAGCUGCAAAACGGUUUCGACACUGUGGAUCAACCUCUUCAUUGUUGCCUUUAACUCCCACGUAGCUGUCUAUGGCUUUGUCGUGCUGACGGUGUUUGGUGAUAGUUCCGGCGCACGCGGGGAAGCCUAUUCACGAGGUUGUUGCACGGCAAUCUUGACCGGGGGCUUCCUGUUCAUCGCCUGCCAGGUCAACUGUCUGGCCCUGCGCUUCCGGCGGUAUACCCUGUCUCUGCAGCGUCAGCGGGAGGAAGAGAAGAAGCAAGUGGGCUUCAUGCGCGAGGUC